AUGAAUUCAAAUUCUUUGAAUAAAACGUUGCUUGGUUCAAUGAAAUGUACACGCUUAUCGUCAUCAACACUAAUUAGUAAUAAACAUAAAACAAAUUCUUUGCUAACAUCUUGUUGUGGCUGUUCUCGUACACGUGAACAAUCUAAAUCAAUAGAUAAAUAUGGGCAAUCCGAGAAUGGAACAACAACACCAAAAGAAGAUACAAAAUGUGAUGUUCACAAAGGGUUUUUCAAACGGAUUCAAUAUUUCAAAGCUCAAAAAAGACAAAGUACCGCUCGUAAACAACAAUUAGCAGCAGCUGCAACUAUUUCAGCUACUCGAUCAACAUCGCCCAUAUCAAAUGGUCAUUCCAUAAUUGAACCUGAAAGGCUAUUGAAUGACAGUGACGAACAUAGUUCAAAUAUUAUUUCAUCAUCGUCAUGUCAACAUAAAAAUGAAUCAUUUAUUAAUAAUAAUUAUUCUCAUCAUCCAAUGCGUAAUUCACAGUCAAUACCAUUACUUCUUAAUCGACAUGAUAAUAUAACAACACGUAUUAAUUCGAUUCCAUAUGGUAUUCGCGGUUUAAAUAAUGGUGUUGAUUCAUAUUCAUUUACAGAUAUUGAAGCAGCAUCAUCAAUAAAUGACGAUGAAAAUGAGAGACGAAAACGUAUUAAAUCUAUAAUAAAAAAACAUCAAUCCGUAUCAACUGAUUUAGUUCGUCAAACUGAUGAUGAUUUACAAAGUGGAACACCAAAAAGUUUACCAUCAAGAGAUUUAUCUUCUGUAGCAACAAAUCUUUCGUCAUAUUCAACACAAAGUUUACUACGAAGACUUAUUGAUAAAGCGCAAGUAUUAAAUGAAUAUUAUAACGAUGUUUGUACGAAAACAACAGUUGAAACACCAUUAUCUCCUACAAGAAAGCGUUCAUUAUCACCAUCAACAAAUUCUUUAUUAGGCCGUAAUGGUGUAACACCACGAUCAUUGCUUCAUCGUGAUCAAUCUUGUGAAUCCAUAAGAAAAUCACGACGAAAACGUCGUAGCCUCAAUGAUAAUAUGUCAGCUGAUAGUUCAAGAUUUAAUUUAUAUGCUGAUGAAGAUAAUGUACUAAGAGAAUUAAUUAGUUUCAAUAAUGAUAUUGAUCUUAUUUUGUCGCGUCUUGAAAUGGAAGGUGAAAAUAUUCAACAAACAAAUAAUAGUAAUGAUAAUAAAGAACGUUGUUAUUCGUCAUCUACACCAAUAUUACUUGAUGAUAAUGAUCAAGAAAGUACUGUAUCAAAGUUAGAUGAUUUAAAGAAUCUCAUUCAACAAACAAAUAUCUAUCCAAGUGAUGACUCUGGCCUUGCCGCUAGUCCACAAAUCAAUGAUCGAGAAGAAACUGAUCAAACAAAUCUUCAGUUAAACGAAGUCAUAACGAUGCGAACCAAUACCAAUGAAAUAAAUAUUCAUUUACUAUUAUCAAAUGAUAUUAAUCGUUUACGAGAAGCAGCCUUGUCAAAAUUAUUAAAAUUAACUCAACAAAAUUGUAAUCAUGAUGCUAUGCAUAAUCAUGAAACUAUAACUUUGGCUAAAUUAAAUAAACUUCCAAAAUCAAUAACAUGGAAAGGCAAACGUGUUUUUGGUGUUCCUCUACGCGUGUAUCAACAAACAACAGGACAAAUACUUCCCGUUGCUAUAACUAAUGCAUUACAAUAUGUUCGUAUGAAUGCAGGCAAAUGUGAAGGAUUAUUUCGUAAGCCAGGUGUUAAAUCGAAAAUCGACCGUUUACGUUCACAAAUUGAAACAACAAAUGAUUUUAGUGGCGAGUCAUUAGAAACAAUUAAAUUUGAUGAAUACCAACCAUUUGUUGUUGCUGAUGUUAUUCGACAAUAUUUUCGUGAAUUACCUGAAUGUCUUAUGCCACCAUCAAUUACACGAUUAUUAUGUGAUUUACUUAAAUGUGUAUCACCAGAAGAACAGCUAUUAGCAAUACGUUAUACAUUUCUAUUGUUACCAGAUGAAACUCGCGAUGUACUUGAAACUAUUCUUCGAUUUUUACUGGAUGUUUCAAUACGAUCUGGUAAUAGUCAGACAACUUGCCGAAGUUUGGCACGGAUAUUUGUACCAUCUGUUUUUCAAUCUUAUCAUGAUAUGCAUACUACAACAUCGAAAGUUCUUUGGUGGAAAUGGAAAAAAGAUAAAUUAGACGCCAUACAACAAGAAAGCGAACGUCUAACACUUGAACAGUGCCUGAUGACAAUGAUACUUAAUGUUGAUUUACUUUGUCGAGUUCCAAGUUCAAUUACUGAUGAACUUAAAUUGCCAACGGCUAGAAAAACUAAGCGUCUUGAUGAUCUUGUUCGUACUGCAUGUAGUGGUGAAUUUCAUAUGAAAAAAUAUAUAGCAAAAGAUAGUGAACAGUUUCUACAACGUUUAUCGAAUACGAAAUUUAAAAAUGUUCCAACAAAUCUAGAUAGUGUUCAUGUAGCCAUACAUAAACCAUCAUCAGUGGAUUGUGAUAAAGAUGAAAUAAAUUUACCAAUGUGGAAAUGCUCAAUUGAUAUACCAAAUACGAAUGUUAAACAAGUCAGCCAAAGAAUUUUACAUGAACGAUAUCUAUGGGAUAAUCAUUUUGCUGAAAGUCGAACAGUGGAAAAAAUUGACGAUGAUAAAGAAAUAGUGCAAUACGUACUUAAUUUCCUUGAUCUUGUACCUGUUCGAUCAUUCUGUGAAUUUCGUUUUUCAAAAAAGAUUGCAUCACGCUCAAUACCUGAUACAAAUGCAAUGUUAAUUAGUGCCGUAUCAAUUGAUCAUUUGCAAAAUCAUUUUUUACCGGGUAGUAUUGGUGUAACGAAAGAUAUGCAUUAUUAUAUAACGCCAUCAACAACUCAACCUGGAUAUACGACAGUUAUUCAAGUAGCAUCUGUUGAUUUUAGUGGACGAUCAUCGCAAUGGUAUGAAAAUGUUUUUGGUUGUUUAUUAGCACAUAAUCUUAUAUCAUUACGCGACACAUUCACAAGUUCAAAAAUUGUUAAAGUUUAA